UCACUUCCGCUUUUGGACUUCAGAGCCGGCCGGUCCCCUGGGGUGCAACCAGUGAAACCUGCCGAGAGUCCAGGCUGGCCUGCCGGUGCCUCCGGGACACGGCUGCAGGGGCGAUGGGGGUUCCCGCCGUCCUGCCCCUCCCUGCUGCCGCGAGUGACCGGGCUGGCUGCCCGUCCUGCUGUCCUUGGGGCCGCAUGCUGCUGUGGACAGCCCUGCUAGUCUUGGCUCCCUUGGCCUCCGCAGCCGGGACUCCCAGCCCACAGGCAGGUCUCCCGAAGGCCGUGGUGCGCCUGGAGCCCCCCUGGUUCAACGUGCUCCGGGGGGACAGCGUGACUCUGCACUGCCAGGGGCCCCACGGCCCCGGGGACGGCCCCACCCAGUGGUCUCGUGACGGGACCCCCAUCCCGACCCAGGUCCAGCCCCACUUCAGCUUUAAGGCCACCGUGAACGACACUGGGAACUACAGGUGCCAGACUGACCAGACCGGCCUCAGCGACCCUGCGCACCUGAACGUCACUUCUGACUGGCUGCUGCUGCAGACCCCGCGCCUGCUGCUGCGGGAGGGCGACCCCCUCGUGCUGAGGUGCCACAGUUGGAAGAGCCAGCCCCUGUUCAAGAUCUCGUUCUUCCAGGACGGCAUAGCCAAGUGGUACUCCCCCGCCAAUUCCAGCUUCUUCAUCCCACACGCUAACGUCAGCCACGGCGGCAAGUACCACUGCUCCGGAUUCAUGGGGCGGAACAGGCACGAGUCCCACCCUGUGCGCAUCGAUGUCCAAGGUGUCCCAGAAGCAGCAGCCAGUGAGAACCUCUUCCCGGUGAUCAUCACUGUGGCCGUGGUGGCCGGCAUCGCUGCAGUGGCCGGUGUGGCUGCCAUGGUGGCCUGGGUCUGCCUCAGGAGGCACCGGAGCGCAGGAGCCCCUAAGAGCAGGGAAGUGGGAGAGACCCCACCCGAGGAACCAGCCAACCUCACCCACGCUGAAGAGGCUGCCAAAGCGGAGGCCGAGAACACCAUCACCUACUCCCUGCUCAUGCACCCGGAGGAAGACGCAGGGCUCUCGGAUUACCAGAACGUGUAGCCGUGGGGGCGAGAGCCGGGCAGGCCGGGUCGGUCUUCCGGCCCCACGAGACGCCCCCGAGGUUCCCAAGGAGCAGGACUCUUCGGGGGGAGCGUCCCCCACCCUGAUGCCCAGGCUCCUGUCCCGAGGGCCAUGGACAGCGCCCGCCCCAGCCUCGGCACCGGCCACCGUCACAUGUCCUCGGUCAGUGUCCACGUGGCCAGUAAGCAGCCAACACAACAUGCUUUUAUUAAGACAGUGUCGCCACACGGGAAGCGCUUGUGUUACACGUUACACGGGAAACAUUACAUGAGUGUCUGAUUUCAGAUGUGACGGACAGAGUCACACAGGCCAGCAUGUUAAAGCGGUUGUUUCGGGGAGAUGCGGUUUGAGGACGUUCCUUUCUUUCCCUCUACACAGCAUGUAUCAAUUUUAUAAUAAAGCACGUGAAACAACA